GGUGUCUCAGUGGGAAUCAGUAAUUAUCAUCCAUUUGUCUGUUUGAGUGGGAAAAAAAUCUGUGACAAUGCGCAGGACUAAUUGUAGGGUUCUGACUUUCAUUCAUCCAUCCAAAUAUUCAAAUGCAAAUCAGCUGGUGAAUCACAGCCCGGAGAGCUGAGCCAUAAAUACGGACUCAGACCGUCCUGUUCUUCUCGCAGGGCCCCACAGAGGCGAUCCUGCUGAGCGGGCGGGGGGGCAGAGACACGUCCGCGGAGUUUUUAUUUUUGGAGAGAAGAGGUUCCAAACCGUAUGAUGUCUGUUGUGGGCGCUCAGCCUUUCAUCAAACCAAUGCAGACCUCACCUUCGGUUUCGCCCGGUAUUCAACGGAGACACACACUUCCCGCGAGCGAAGUCCGGCCGCUUAACACGCAAGAUGCCAUAAGCGUCUUUGAAAUUGAGCGUGAGGCAUUUAUCUCAGUGUCAGGUGAAUGUCCCCUGCACCUGGAUGAGGUGCGUCACUUCCUCACGCUCUGUCCGGAGCUCUCUAUGGGCUGGUUUGAGGAAGGCCGCCUGGUGGCUUUCAUCAUUGGCUCUCUCUGGGACCAGGACAGACUCACUACGGAUGCCCUGACCCUGCACAAGCCCUGUGGUUCCACAGUCCACAUCCACGUCCUGGCUGUCCACCGCACUUUCAGGCAGCAGGGCAAAGGCCCCAUCCUGAUGUGGCGCUACCUGCAGUACCUCCGCUGCCUUCCCAACGUGCGCCGAGCGGUGCUGAUGUGCGAAGACUUUCUCAUCCCCUUCUACCGCAAGUCCGGCUUCAAGGUGCUGGGCCGCUGCGCCAUCACCGUGGGUAGCCUGACCUUUACAGAAAUGUGGUACCCGAUCAGCGGCCACGCCUACAUGCGCCGCAACAGCGAGGCAAUCCGUUUCCCGCAGCAUCCUUUGACUCUGCCACUGGCAAAAACUGAUGAGCAAGUUGAUGUAUGACUUGAUUUUGUAUUUUAUUUGAUUUUUUAAUGAAAUCGGGUUGUUUUGAAUCAAAAAAGGAAGAAAAAAAAAUUAAAAAUCUGUGUUUUCUGUAGGAUCCUUCACGGGUUUCUCUGGUUUAUUGGACUUCUUCCUCAGAUCAAUUGAACUUACUUGAGUUAAAUAUUUUACCGUGUAUAAUAAAACAAAAAUAAUGUACUAUACUGUAAUGUUAAAUGUCUUGUGUACUCAUGUAAACAAAGUAAAAAGUGUUAAACUCGAAGUCAGUCUGUAACGGGAGUUAGUAUGAGUUAUUUUUGUUGUGGAGCUAUGAUUGUACAGU